GGGGGCACCACCACCGGAGGCCUCCCAUUACCUGGUGAUCGUUGCUCGAGUACGCAUCGUACGUGUCCGUUGCGCUGCGUAGUGGCGUCCGGUAUCUCCGGGACGCUUAGCAAAAGAGAGUCUGGAGCGUUUCUGGUCGGUUUUGCUUGCACCUUCCGGCAGUGUUUUAUCCGAGACGUGUGUGUGUGUGUGUCUUGAGAGUGUGUGUGUAUGUGUCUAUGGAGUGAGCAGGGAGGCGGGCCGCGGCCCACAAGUGUUUGAGUCGAGUGUUUUACGUGCAAGGAAGCAUCGAUGGCGGCCUAGUUUCCGGCGGCCGGGUCGCGGUAACCCCCAAAGAUGGCGACGCCAGCUAGCGGAUCCCCUUUCUUCAAUCAGCGGACCCAGGACCCGGAGGAUGGUCGCAGGAAUCGAUCGUUUACAUUUUGUCUCAUUGCGAUAGCGCGCCGCAGGCGCUAAGGGUCCCGUCGGCUUAAAGAAGCAAGGCCAUGGAGGGGUGAACCAGCUGGGUGGUGUGUUCGUGAACGGGCGCCCUCUGCCCGAUCUCGUCCGGCAGCGCAUCGUUGAGCUGGCCCACAAUGGUAUCCGGCCGUGCGACAUCUCGCGCCAACUGCGCGUCAGCCAUGGCUGCGUCUCGAAGAUCUUGUCCAGGUACUACGAAACGGGCAGCUUCAAGGCCGGUGUGAUCGGUGGCUCGAAGCCGAAGGUAGCCACGCCACCGGUGGUGGAGGCGAUCGCGGCCUACAAGCUGCAGAAUCCGACCAUGUUCGCCUGGGAGAUUCGGGAUAAACUACUGGCGGACGGUAUCUGCGUGCACGAUAACGUGCCGAGCGUAUCCUCCAUUAACCGUAUCGUGCGAAACAAGGCAGCGGAGAAGGCCAAAUACAGCUCACAGCGCUCCGACAGCAGUGGGCUGGACAGUCCACGGAUCAUGUCGCGCAGCAACCAACAACAGCAGCAGAGCCAGCAGGACUGCCUCAAUCAGCAGAUGCAGGCGGAGCAGGAAGCGAUGAAGUCACCACAACAGCAGCAGCAGCAGCAGGCGGAGAACGUUGCUUCACAGUCGUACAGCAUUAAUGGGCUGCUAGGUUUAUCACAAAAGUCCCUGUCCGGCUCGAGCUCGAAACGGCGGCGCAUCAAGGAGGAUCCGGAUAUGAAGAGCACGAUGCUUGGCUGCAUCAAGCAUGACAAGGAUUCGAAGGACCUGUCGGCGGACGGGAUGCUGCAUGAUGGUGGGAUCAACAAACAGGGUGCUCCUGGUCAAGAGCAGCAACAACAGCAGCAGCAAGACAAGGGCCAUGAUAUGUUCGCCGGCGGGGUUGACUUUGUCAGCUCCCUCGGAAUGGCACAGGAUGACAGUCCCGAUCACCACCAGCAGCAGCAAUCGAGUCCCUUCGGCAGCAUGCGCAGUGGACGCGGUAGCUCGAUGCACAGUCCCAUUCGAUCACGCGAGAACGCACUGUUUCUGCUAGCGGGUGGCGGUGGCGGUGGUGGUGGUGGUGGUGCUGGAGGUGGAGAAAAGCCCCACAAAUACCAUCGCACCGAUGAGCCCAUGCCGACCGGGGUCAUCGUUGAGGAUGACAGCACGGCCCGCAAACACCAGCAACAGCAACUUCAGCAUCAAGCAACUGCACACCAGCAGCAGCAGCAACAGCAGCAGCAGCAGCAGCAGCAACAACAACAGCAGCAGCAACCGAGCGACGUGAAGACCGCGUACGAUAAGAUAAUUUCCGGCGAGCUGGUAGCGGGCGGUGGAACGGUUAAGCGGAAUGCGGCAUCGACAGCGACUGCCGAACCAGCCACCCUGACCCAGUCGAUCGAGUUCCUGAGCGACAUGAACAAUAACAUCGCCCAGAACCAGCACCAGAGCUUCGCGUCCGGCACGUCGUCGGCUUACGAGGGCGCGUACAGUGCGGCCGACUCAGCAUCCGUUGAGGCAGCUGCCCAGGCCGUCCACCUUAACCCGCACCUGGCCGCCUGUUCGUCCAACUACUCGGCUUUUCUGCAGAACACGGACCAAUUCGCGGCGGCCGCCAAUCCUGACCUCAUCUUCCCGUCCGCCGCCUACACGCAGUACACGACCGCCCCCGGUUAUGGCUCGUUCAAUUACAACACGUCGUUUGCGAGCAACAACCUGUGCCGGGACCUGGGCCAGAUACACUACCCCGACGAGCAAUAGUAGACACUACAGUCGGGCUCAAGUAAAACAACGACUCUACCUUCCUCCAUCACCACCAACACAAGUUCACGCGUCUACUAUGUGAACAACCGUCUUCGCAUCACGGCGACGGCCACCAGCUCUCGAAUGUGCCGCGUUGGUCGCUAGCUCUCUAAGUUCCAUUCCAUUACGUCCUCGCCCCCCAUCCCUUUCCAAUAGCUAUGGAAUAAUUUGUCAUAGUCCCCCUCCCCUCCCUCAUCGCCCUUGCUGGCCGCACUACACUCUACCAACGCACUGUACGGCACUUCAUUUCAAUGUUCCCUCCAUUCAUUAACCUGGACCUACCUUUAUACUUUCGAGAGAAUAAUAAAUGAGAAAU